UUUGAUAAGAUCUGGCGUGAGCACUGUGAGGAUGAGGAGACUCUGUGUGAAUAUGCUGUGGCAAUGAAAAACCUUGCAGAUAAUCACUGGGCAAAAACUUGUGAAGGGGAAGGCCGAAUUGAAUGGUGUUGCAGUGUAUGCCGAGAAUAUUUUCAGAACGGUGGGAAAAGAAAAGCACUUGAGAAAGAUGAAAAAAGAGCACUUCUUGCUUCCAAGACCACUCCAGCUUUAAAUGUUCCCCAGGCUCCCAAGAUUGAAGAUCCCUUGCCAAACUCUGGCUUGACAAAUCAUGAAGCUAUAACAGAAGAAUUGCUCCAUUCCUUGGGGAAGAUCAGAUUACUUGAUGUUGGUAGCUGCUUUAAUCCAUUUCUGAAGUUUGAAGAAUUUCUGACAGUUGGCAUAGAUAUUGUUCCAGCUGUUGAGAGCGUAUACAAAUGUGACUUCUUAAAUCUCCAAAUUCAGCAACCUCUCCAACUGGCACAAGAUGCUAUAGAUGCCUUUCUUAAGCAACUGAAAAAUCCCAUUGAUUCUCUACCUGGAGAACUGUUCCAUGUCGUCGUUUUCUCACUCCUCCUUUCUUACUUUCCAUCACCCUAUCAACGAUGGAUAUGCUGCAAGAAGGCACAUGAACUUCUCGUAUUAAAUGGCUUAUUGCUUGUAAUAACUCCUGAUUCAUCUCAUCAGAAUCGCCGAGCUAUGAUGAUGAAAAGCUGGAAAAUUGCCAUAGAGUCCUUGGGUUUUAAACGCUUCAAGUAUUCCAAGUUCUCUCACAUGCACCUGAUGGCAUUUAGGAAAACUUCCCUGCAAACAACAAGUGACUUAGUUAGCAGGAACUACCCAGGAAUGUUGUAUAUCCCACAGGAUUUCAACAGUAUAGAGGAUGAGGAGUAUUCCAACACUUCCUGCUAUGUUCGAUCAGAUACAGAAGAUGAACAGCUAGCUUACGGUUUUAUGGAGCUACCUGAUGCUCCUUAUGACUCAGACUCUGGAGAAAGCCAGUCUAGUUCAAUUCCCUUCUAUGAGCUAGAAGAUCCUAUAUUGCUUCUAAGUUAAUGUAGCCAUUAAAAUGCCCUUUCAGUCAAACCUCUUGCUUAACUAAUUUUGCUAUACUAACAUGGGCUCAACACACAAAAAUGGUUUGCAUAAAGAAAAUGCAAAGGUUUACAGAGUUUGCUAUUUUUUUCUACUUUUGAAUUUUAAAAUUUAUUCUUGUAUGAAAGUGGAAAAAAUACAAGUUUUAUGCAAAUGACUCAUGUCAUAGCAUAAAUUGCUGUUACUUUCUUUAGACUUGUAUCACUAAUUUUUUUCCAGAAAGGUACCAUUCUUUUCUUUAGUGCUGUGAAGUGUGAAUUCUAUUUAAUUUGCUAAAUGUUGUUUCUAUAUUUUAACUCAGUGUGGUUGAGCUUAAGGCACUGGAGUUGGUGGGGUUCUGAGAAGUGUAUGUAGGAAGAAAUAAUUUGCACUUUAAUUAAAUGUGCAGAUAGGUUAAGACACUUGGUUACACAUGUCCCUUCUUAAUUAUGGAACAAAAUUUGUUUUCCAAAAUUUGUUUCACUCUGGUUAAGCCUGGACUGGAGAAAGUAUAAUGCUUGCACAUUUGAUUUUGUUUAAUGCAGCCCUCUUGAGAUAACUCCAAAUGGAGAUAACACCAAAACACUGGAAUAUACU